AUGAAAGAAGCUAAGGAUGCUAUCGAGAACUCCUUUCAGGACAAUAUAGGAAGCCAAAGCCUGCAACCGGGGGGAAAAGUACCGCAUCGCAAACGGUCGAGACUCCUCGACGAAGUCCGGGGUGAUGAAUCAGACAGCUCGACGGAUGAUGGAUUUCUGGAACCGACACCCCUAGCCGUUAAUGAUGCUGCGUAUGAGGAUGACUUAGAUGGGGCUGUGGACGAUUUAGGUUUCAAAAUUGGGCGAAUGCGACUGAGUGAGAGAAUUGGGGGUCUAUACCGCCCACGAAUAGCAGAUGAGAUUCUUUCUUCUCUUGAGAACAUUCCAAAGCGAGGUUCUUCAGUGAUACCAUCAACUCCAAACUCUGACUCGGCCAAGGGAUCAAUAAAGCUCAAGCAAUCUGCGUCAGCAUCCCCGGCCGACUUUAUCUUCAGCCAAGGCUCUUCCGGCGCCUCUAGAGUGGAGAAUAUCGUUUCUCGAAAUAUUGCAGACAGGCUUCUUGAGCGCUACUGGGACUCUGUCCACCCGGUAGCCCGUAUUCUACAUCGCCCCUCAUUUGCGCAACGAUACGAAACGCUCUGGGAAGCUGUCGAAGAUGGGUAUCAGGAAAACAUUACGCCCUCUCUAGCAGCAAUUGUAUUUUCGGUUCUUCUCUCGGCUGUAGUGAGCAUGUCUGAAGCACAAGUACGGGAUUUGUGCCAAGAGUCUCGGGAGGAGUUGAUACAUAAGUUGAAGCAUGGAACAGAGAAUUCGCUCGGCAGAGCUCAGUUGCUCCAUUGCUCGAAAGUCGAGACUUUGCAGGCAUUUGUGGCGUAUCUGCUAUCAAUGUGUGCUGACGAAAUCCGCCGUGCUCAUUCGCUAUUGACAAGCAUGGCAAUUCGCCUAGCAGAGUGCAUGGGACUUCACCGUGACCCUUCCGAGUAUGGGUUUUCGCCGAUAGAAUGCCAAGUUCGACGUCUCAUAUGGUAUCAAAUUUGUUAUUUGGACCUUAAGACAAGUGAGAUACAAGGACCCCGGCCAUAUAUCCAUCAUGAUGGAUACACAACGCAAAUACCGACUCCUACAACAACAUCAACGUGGAAUGAUAUGGUUUUCUCCAUGAUCCGAUUUGAAUGCCAGGAGAUGCAGCGUAAAUGUCUUGUUUUACGCAGCCGGGUUGAUCAAAAAAAGAUCAGUCUCACGAAAGCAAUUGCCAAAAUCGAAGCUUUCCGGGUUUCCAUGGAUGCAAAAUAUGGCCCUUUUAUAGACGCAGCAACUCCGAGUCCAAUGCAAAGAAUGGCCCGACAGGUGAUGAAGCUAUUCACUAAUCUGCUUUAUCUGAUCUCUUUACACCGUUAUAUGAACAGUGUGACAUACAGGGUUCCUGAUCGGCUGCGGCAAAUUGUUUUGAGCAAGGGAACCGACGCAUUGGAGGCUGCCAUGGAGCUUGAAGUGUCGGACGAUCUCAAGCAAUGGUCUUGGUAUUCGAGUGCCUAUCAACAAUACCAUGUGGCAUUCUUGUUGCUAGUAGAGGUGUUCACAUUUCCUUUACGCAGAGAGGCAAAUCGCAUUUGGAGAUGUUUGGAUUUCAUCUUUGCCGACGUGCUUAGGGAUAUACCCGCGCUCGACACAAAUAUGAAAGCUUCAACACCGCAAGAUUUGAUCGCGCACCGAGAUGUUAAAGCUCGAUUUCUACUAACCAUGAUCUGUGAAAAUAUGCGCGUUUAUCACAAGUCUAGGGGGUUGAAAAAUCCAAGUCACUUUCAGGACUCAAUGAUUAUACUUACUCCGCAGAAGGAUGGAGACACUUCUGACCCUCGGAUGCCUCUCAACUACGCCCAUGGAGAGCCGGAAACAGGCGAUCUUGCUCAACACCAUCCCUACAUCUCUCAUAACUCACAAAUUCCUCAGCAAAUGGCCACGCAAUCAGAAGACAUUCCUGCUUUUUACAUAGAAAAUACUGCCGAUCUUCCACAGAGUUUGGGUAAUGCAGCACGUGAAUGGUCCUCUUCAUACGAAAAUCUUCCAUCUUUGCCUCAAAAUUACGAAUCUCAACCCGACCAACUUGAUGGGGAAGCUGAUAUGUUUUCCCAAUCCUUACAUUCCCACUACCUUGCUCCCAAUUGGACGCCGAACGAAAGCUCAACACAAUCCGAUUAUGGCGAGAUACAGAGAGGGGUCGCGGGUAUAGAGCCACACAUGCUUGAAAUUGACUGGGUUAGUCCAUUGAUCACAAAUCUGUUCAAAAUUACCAAGAGCCCCAUACUAAUGAAUUACUACGAAGGGCCUCUGGGACACCAUUUUCCCACCGGGAAGCAAUGA